AUGGGCUCAUGUUAUUCUUAAGUUCCUUAUAUAUUUCCAGAUGGAGGUAUUUACGAUGGUGAAAUUAAAGAUGGACUUCCAGUAUAUUGUUAAGGUCAAUAUAGGAUGGAAAAGGCAAAAUUAUAUGGGAAAAUGGAAACUAAUUUGAAGGUUUUUUUGAAAAAGGUAAAAAAGUUAAAAAGGGAACAUUUAAAUGGAGUGAUUCUUCUCAUUAUGAGGGGGAAUUCUUAAAUGAGAAUUUUCAUGGUUAUGGUGAAUAUCGUUGGUACAAUGGCAACAUUUACAAAGGUAAUUGGGUGAAUGGUAAAAUGGAAGGAAAAGGUAUAUUUAAUUAUGAUGGUAAGGUUUAUGAUGGUAAUCAUUUGUAAAAUUAAUUAGGGGAAUUUAAAAAUGAUAAGAAAGAUGGAAUAGGAGAAUUAUUAUGGCCUAAUGGUUAGAUAUAUAUAGGUAAUUGGAAGAAUGGAAGAUAACAUGGAGAAGGAAAAUUAAUUGAAACAAAUGGAUAAGUUAUAGAGGGUAUUUGGGUUAAGGGCAAAAAAUAAUGA